UGGCCCGAGGCACGCUCCGGCCAGGGAAUCCCGUCUUCACACCCACUCAGUGGGACUUGGCCGAAUCAGGAUCCUGGCAUAUAAGUCAGGAUGGGGAGGGAGCAGCAUCAGACACUUUCCAGCUCUCCUGGCCUGCGAAGCUACCUCCUCACGCUAUCCAAGCAUCAACAUGAAGACCUUUGCCAUUGUGCUCUGCCUGGUUGCUGGUGCCGCUGCGCUGCCACGGGGCUUCUACUCAGGUGGUCUGUUUGGCCAGGGAGGUCAGGCGACCGGAAAUGCUGCUGGCAAUGUGGUGUCCGGGGUCAGCGGUGGUCCCUUCCAGAACUCCCGGAUCACACAAGUCAGCGCCACCGCCUCGGGCUCAGCGCGAGGCAAUGCCCGGAGCACCAACUCAGCCAGCGCCACUAACUUCGGCUCGUCGGGACUGUUCGGAAACCAGCAGUUCUCCAACACCAACGCCGUCUCCAACCAGCAGUCGUUUGGCGGCGGCUUCGGUGGUUACCAGCGGCCGGCUGGCUUCGGCUACCAACAGUACCCCAGGCGGGGCUACUACUAGUGGAUGCCCUGCGCCUUUCUUUUAGUGGCGUGUGUGAUGGAUUAUCAGAAGCUCAGUUGUUGAUCUGUUCAUAAGACGUAUGAACAUAACGUGACGUCGUCAUCGUUCAUAUCCUUGAGCGACCCGAAUAUGGCGGUAAUGGAAGGCAUUGAUCCACCACUGGCAUAGUUUGGGAUGAUUUUUUCAUCUCAUGGAGGGCGGUGUAUAGUACACGCAAAUGGCGGAAUGCUUUAUUUAUCCCCGAUGCGUCUGAGCUAGCUGUCUCCAAUGACGCGUGCUGAUGUCUGAUCGAGACAGGCGAGGCAGCAUUGAUCAUCUGUUGCUCGAUCUCACCUGUGGUGUGGUGUUAGGUGAAUAAACGCCCAUACGACUG